GUAAAAGACAAAAACGCCGCCAUGGUUGAGUGGACCGAGCAGGAGCGCAGCAUCAUCACCAACAUCUUCGGCAACCUGGACUAUGAAGACGUGGGCUCCAAGGCUCUCAGCAGGUGUCUGAUCGUCUACCCCUGGACUCAGAGGUACUUUGCCAGCUUCGGUAACCUCUACAACGCCGAAGCCAUCAAGACCAACCCGAACAUCGCCGCCCACGGCACCAAGGUCCUGCACGGUCUGGACCGCGCCGUGAAGAACAUGGACAACAUCAAGGCCACCUACGCCGAGCUGAGCGUGCUGCACUCCGAGAAGCUGCACGUGGACCCCGACAACUUCAAGCUGCUGGCUGACUGCUUGACCAUCGUCAUUGCCGCCAAACUGGGCUCCGCCUUCAGCCCAGAGAUUCAGGCAACCUUCCAGAAGUUCUUGGCCGUGGUGGUGUCCGCUCUGGGAAGGCAGUACCACUAAAGUCAGCUGCCUGCGCAACUGGAGAGGAGCUCUGGCCUCUGUUCAUGUGUGUUACCUCCUUCCAAAUGAAGAAAUAAAAGCCCUCCAAAGCAAAA